GACCGUUUCCCUGGUCCCCUCUCCUAGCUAAACUCCGUUCCGCGUUCACCGAUCGCGACCGUUUCGUUCACCGAGGAGGUUUUCACCCGACCAGGCGGCCACUUCUUUGAAUGACAGGAAAUGCUUAAUCCCUCGCAGCUACACUGUCACAUCCAAACAAGCAGGACCAAGCGCACACGGCCGGUUGCAGCGAACUACAUGAGGACACCGCCGCGACGUGUCACCUUGAAUUCCGCCUGCUCGGAACGGUUCGAACGGUCGCGGCUAACGCAAAGCUAACGACAACACACGCCUCAUUUAAACUGGCUGUCAUCGGGGGGGGCUGCUUGGUUUUCACAUGUCCUCAUGUCACCGCACUUGUUAGCAGCUGCACGGUGUUUUAACGCGGAUUUUUAAAAAUGGGAGUAGUUCUUCGGAACCUCCAAAAGGUGGUGUCUCUCCGCCGCGCCAGGCUGCGCAGGGAUGUGGACACACUGAGGCACAUCCUGGGCGUCCAGAAGUUUGAUGUGGGCAUCGUCUGCGUGGAUAACCACAGGAUCCAGCAAAUCAAUCACAUCUACAGGAAGAAAAACGUCCCCACGGAUGUCCUCUCGUUCCCGUUCUACGAGGACCUGCGACCUGGUAAACUGCCCUGUCCUGUUAGCAGAGAUGAGCUGAACCUGGGGGACAUUUUCCUGGGGGUCGAGUUUGUGAUGAAGCAGUGUCAGGAGGAGUCUCUGGAUCUUCACGAUGCUCUCACUGUUGUCACUGCACAUGGUAUCUGUCACCUGUUGGGCUACAGGCAUGAGACUGAGGAAGAAUGGACUGAGAUGCUGCAGAGGGAAAGCUACAUUCUCACUGAGUACAACAGACUCACAGGACGUCAUCUGCAGCCACUGAUGAAGACAUGUGAUCACUAUAGAUGACAGUGACCACCACCGACUACCUUCAGUUUAACACUCCACUUUGUGUACGAUGGUGCUUCAUGUUGCUUGUACACGGUCAUGUAACCAGAUAAGACUGUUUAAUUUACUGUCCUGACAAUCUGUUCACAACAUACAUUUGUUGCUACUGUUUCUUGAAGGACUGAAACAUGCAGCUGCUGGUUCUGUGGACAUCCCGAAACACUGGAUUUGUGUAUUGUUGAAGAGUUUUAACACAACAAAUCAAAUUAAAAAACUGUGUACUUUCACUGUAAUAUUUUAUUAAAAUCUGCUUUAGGAAGAGU